AUGGGCGCCAUUGUUGCUGCGACAGAAGAGCGACUCGCUAAAACGUUGCACUUUGAGCCACCCUCGGCAGACAGUCCCCUAUCUCCAACACGAUUUGCGUGGGCGAUACUCAUCUACUCGCCAGAGGGUGAAGCUGCUGGGCUUUUGGUUUACCUGCACAACUAUUCCACGUGGACGGCGGCUCCUGGGGUCUGCUCGGAAGAGUUGUAUGUUGUGCCCAAGUAUCGACGGUACGGGUAUGGACGCAUGUUGAUUGAAGCCAUGGCGUCUGCUGCUGGAGAGGCUGGUUGUGCCAAGAUGGAUUGGGUUUGUCUUCAACACAACCAGCGAGCUCUGAACUUCUAUCGGAAGCUAGGGGCUAAGAAUAUGCAAGAUUGGGCAGUGCUGAAGGUUGAUCAAGAGGGCAUUGAGCAAUUGGCCGAUGGGAAAUAG